GUGAUGGGACACGCGGUGUCACUAUAGAGUCAUUGAUCGAAACUGCAGUUUCGAUCGAGAAGUCUUCGGUCUCCGACCGGUAUUUUCGUUUUCUGUUUGGUGAAAAAAUAAAUUACUGAUUUAUAUUUCAAGGCUUUUAAAAUGCAGAAAGGCAUACCUUGAAAAAACUUUUUAAAAAUAAUAAGAAAAUUGGGUCCGGAGUCCGGAAGUAUGCGUAACACGUUAGGGUUAUACCAUGAUUUCAUUCCAAUUUCCCUUAUUUAGUUCAACCAUAGGUUUGGGGACUAGCUAAGUGACUACUGCAGAAUUUGUACCUGAAAUUAUUGCCUCACCCUAACCUGAUACAUACACAUGCUACGUUCCGGUGUCCGCCAUCUUGGAACACAUGCUUCUGGAGUACCUUGAAAUACCUAGGUGAUUAUGGCUUCAAACCUUCGUGACAGCCUUCUUGUCAUUUUUUCAAAAAUUUCAAUAUUUAAUUUUGAAAACCUGAAUUCGUGAUUGUUAUUAUGUUUCAGUUUUUUUAGGAAUAUAGUUUUAGGCUUAUAAACUUAAAAUGUCAACGAAAAAGGUGAAAGGAAAAACGAAAAAAGUAUCGCAAAAUGAUCUGCGAAAAAUGAUGAAUGAUAUGAAGAACAAACGUACGAUAGAUGUUGUGAAAUCGAAUAAUCAAAGAGAUGGUCGCGUUUUGACAAGCAACCCAGAAGCGUACAAAAAAGCGCUUAACGAUCGUAUGAAACUACAAGCCUUAAUUGCUGGAAAUAAAUCUGAAUCUACACAGAAAAAUACGGAAUUAAUAAAAAGUAAAACGGAAUAUUCAGAGGAAAGAAUAAAAUUUGCUACGAAAAAGAAAGAACCGUUAAAUCAAUUAAAAAGGCCUUUAACAGCUCAAACUCCGAAUAUAGAGAAAAAAGUGAGACUCGAAAAUGAGCCAAAAUCAAAAGUCGCAAAAACUGUGGAUUUAUCUGAAAAAGAUAAAAAACCUGGAGGAUUACUGAUUGGAGAUUACGGGUCCGAUUCCGAAGAAGAUCAGGAUGUAACAGAAAAGAUGGAAGAAAAAAUGGAGACGAACGAACCUAAUCCAGAGCAGCAACCAUCAACGUCUGAUACAACUCUACCGGAAGGAUUCUUCGACGAUCCGGAAGUCGACGCAAAAAUACGAGGGGUUGAGACACCAGCGGAUGCGAUGGACCGUGAGUGGGAAGAUUUUCAAAAGGAAAUAAAGCGAGAAACUGACCAAUCAGAACACAUUGUAGAAGAGGAGCAAGAAGUAGGGAAUGUCGAUAGACAGAUUGAAGAAAUAGAUGAACAGAUCAUGCAUUUUUCAAGAGUAGAAAAACUGAAUAUUGUGAAAGAAGGAAUUAAGAAGAAGGCAAAAGAAAAGAACUCAGAUUCGGAGUCGGAAAAUGACGAGGAAACAGGAAGUGAUGAACUCGAUGAAUUAUUGGAUUGGAGGGAAAAAGAUUCCCAUUUUUGAGUACGAUUUACGAAAACGUACCCUUUCUUGGAAAGAUAAUUAUGCUCCAUAUGUUGGCAUUUAGUGACAGCCUGGAAGUUUCGAUUGCGCAUACCACCGCUUAACAGUUAGAUAAAUGAAGUAUGCAUAUGUAUUCAAUGCAUAAUGAGGGAGAAGUGUUCCAAA